GGGUUGGUAAAAGAGUGGAGUACAAGAGGCUCUGAUUCCCUUAUGCUGCCUCUUUAGAAGAGUUCCUAAUGACUUGUUUGAGCUUUUCAUUGAAGAAUAACACAUACAGAAAAGUGCACAAAUAAUAAAUGUACAGUAUAAUGAUUUUUCUCAAAGAGAAUAUACCCGUGGAUCCAACAUGCAGAUCAAGAGACAUUACCAGCAUCCCAGAAGCCACCCUGCCUUUCGGUUACCUAGGCUAGCCUCUCUUCCUGCUUCUAACAAUAUGGAUUACUUUUGCCUGCUUUUGAACUUUAUAUAAAUGGAACCAAUAUACUGUUUACAAUACUCAUCCAAGAUCUGUCAGCUGCAAAGGAAAAUACUUUCCAACUGCCAGAGCAGUACAGGAGCCAUGGCAUACUACGCCACAAGACUGAAGACCAGACAAACUUAUUCAUGGGUUGGCAGGCCAUUGUUGGAUCGAAAACUACACUACCAAACCUACAAUGAAAUGUGUGUGAAAAUAGAAGGUUGUUCGACUCAGAUUCACAUCCAAGUUGGACAGUUUGUGCUGAUUGAAGGCGAUUAUGAAAAAUAUCCAUAUGUUGCUAAAUUGAUCGAGUUGUUUGAAGACGAUUCUGAACCUUAUUCUAAGAAACGUGCUCGAGUACAAUGGUGUGUCCGAUUCUGUGAGAUUCCUGUUUGUAAACAGCAUUUGUUGGGCCGGAAGCCUGCAGCGCAGGAGAUAUUCUGGUAUGAUUACCCUGCCUGUGACGACAACAUUAAUGCCGAGACCAUCAUUGGCCCCGUGCGGGUAGUAGCUUUAGCCCCAGAUGAAGUGAUACCUGUGGAUUUGAAAAAUGAAAAGACACUCUUUAUGAAACUAUCCUGGAACAAAAAGAAGUUCAGACCACUGUCCCCAGAACUAUUUGCUAAGUUGGAUAAGCUACAAGAAAGCAGCCCCAGGAGCCAGAAGCCCAUGGGAACCAAGACUAAGAGUGCAGAAAGCCAUGCUUGGACUACAGCAGAGCAUGCGGUCAAAAGGAUUGAAUCAAGGCACUCCACCUCCAAAUCUUGCCAAACUCCAGCCCAUUCUGUCACUCCAAAGGCAAAGAAGAGGUUGGAGCUCUACAGUCUCCCUAGGACACCAAACUCUAGGACUUCCCAGCAGAAUGCAUGUGCCUCUUUGGGUUCUCCAGAAAGAACUAAGCGGAAGGUGGCCUCUGAGGUCACCUCCCCUUGUAAGAGACCUCAGCCUGAUGAACUUCAGACCUCGCCUCCAUCUCUGAAAGCCUCUUGUACCAAGGACGACAAGAAGUCUUCAACUGAAUGUCACAUGACCCUGAGAACCCGAGUCCCAGCUUUGAAAGCCACAGGGAUUAGUGAGGAUAAAACACUUUCCCCUAUCAGAGGGGGACGGAAAUCCUCAGAGGUUCCUGAUGUGGUCCUGAAACCAGAAAAUAUCAAAAAGAGGGAGGUAAAAGAACCAGAAGCUCAGAAUGAAGCUACAUCCACUCCCCAUCGUGUCCACAGAAAGAGUUCUGUCUUGACUUUGAAUCGGAUUAGGCAGCAGCUUCGGUAUUUAGGUAGUAGCAAAAACAACCAAGAAGAGGAAGAGUAUCUACCAGCAGCAGAGAUUUCAGACUCUAGCAGUGAGGAAGAAGAGGCCUCCACGCCACCCCUCCCAAGAACACCCAGCCAUGUGUCCAGGAACCGACGCUCUUCCAUGAAGUCAUCCUCUCAGACUCCCUCCAAGACACCAAAGAAAACUCCUGAGCGUAGAACCCCAUGUCGGGCCACGCCCCAGAUCCGCAGCCGAAGCUUGGCUGCCCAGGAGCCAGCCAGCGUGCUGGAGGAGGCCCGGCUGAGGCUGCAUGUUUCUGCCGUUCCUGAGUCUCUCCCCUGUCGGGAACAGGAAUUCCAGGACAUCUACAACUUUGUGGAAGGCAAACUCCUUGACCGUACUGGAGGGUGCGUCUACAUCUCCGGGGUCCCUGGGACAGGAAAGACUGCUACUGUGCACGAGGUGAUUCGCUGUCUGCAGCAGGCAGCGCAAGCAAACGAUGUUCCACACUUUGAAUACAUUGAGGUCAAUGGCAUGAAGCUGACAGAGCCCCACCAAAUCUAUGUGCAGAUCUUACAGAAGCUGACAGGCCAAAAGGCAACAGCCAACCACGCGGCAGAACUGCUGGCAAAGCGAUUCUGCGCACGAGGCUCCCCCCCGGAAACCACUGUGCUGCUUGUGGACGAGCUUGACCUCCUGUGGACUCAGAAACAAGAUGUAAUGUACAGUCUUUUUGACUGGCCCACUCACAAGGAGGCGCGGCUAGUGGUCCUGACCAUUGCCAACACAAUGGACCUGCCAGAGCGAAUCAUGAUGAACCGGGUGGCAAGCCGACUGGGUCUCACCAGGAUGUCCUUUCAGCCCUACACUCACAGCCAACUGCAGCAGAUCCUAAUGUCCCGACUCAAACAUGUAAAGGCCUUUGAGGAUGAUGCCAUCCAGUUGGUAGCCAGGAAGGUAGCAGCCCUCUCUGGAGAUGCACGACGCUGCCUGGACAUUUGCAGGCGUGCCACUGAGAUCUGCGAGAUCCACCAGAAGCCCGGCUCCCCUGGCCUGGUCACUGUGGCCCACUUAAUGGAAGCUGUGGAUGAGAUGUUUUCAUCAUCAUACAUCACGGCCAUCAAAAAUUCCUCGGUUCUGGAACAGGGCUUCCUGAGAGCCAUCCUUGCAGAGUUCCGUCGAUCAGGCCUGGAGGAAGCAACAUUUCAACAGGUGUACAGUCAGCACGUGGCUAUGUGCAGAAUGGAGGGUCUGCCCUACCCCACCAUGUCCGAGACCAUGGCCGUGUGCUCACGCCUGGGCUCCUGUCGCCUCCUCCUCGUGGAGCCCAGCAGGAACGACCUGCUUCUCCGUGUGCGGCUCAAUGUCAGCCAGGAUGACGUGCUGUAUGCACUGAAAGAAGAAUGAAGGGCUUCGACAAGGAAGGACUGUGGUCUGCUGUUUUUUAAAGGCUCUGAUUUUCUUUUCCUAAGCACAUGGAAUUGUAGCAAAGUACACUGA